GGAGCCUGGGCGCCCAAGUCGCUGUUUGGACUCGCAGAAAUGUAUCGCAAGUUGCAACUUGAAGUCGCUAUUCGCUGCCACAAAAGCUUCAACUAUGUAUCUUGAGAGCGUUUUGAAUGCACAGGGGCUUCACUCAGUGGUUGAUUCCAAUUGGCGCGGACGCAAGGGAGGAGCGUUUCCACUUUCUAGCUCAUCAAACAUGGGCAGGACACCGGGCAGCUUACAAAAGGUACUGGUUCAGCGGCAAGCACCUGUACAUCAAGAUGGCGGACCCGGGUGCGGGGGAUUACCGGCUGAUGGGGCGGGACCCCUACUCCGCCUGCCCCUGGGUGUCCGGCACCCCCUCCGCCCCCAACCCCUCCACCGGCACCUCCUACCCGCCCAACCCGCUGUCCCCCGGCGCGCGGUUCUGCCCCCUGGCCGCCGACCCCGCAACCGACGUCUCCGACUCGCCACCCGCCGCCUACAACAGCUGGAUGGACCCCUUCUGCACCGACGUCGCGCCGCCGGCCAUGCCUUCGCCCACAAGCUCUGUGCUGGGCUGCUCCCAGGUGGCGGCUCAGGGCCAGUGCGGCAGUGGCGCCAUCCGCGCCCCGGCCGACCCGCACGCGGCAGUCAUUGGCGGCUACUGCGCAGUCAGCUGCGGCGUGUGCGUGCAGGGGGUGCGCACGUGCGUGGACCGAGCGCCGCCGGGCGCCCAGCACCGCGCCGCCUGCAAUGGGCCAUGGCGCAUAGCUUGGACAGAGGCUGCAAGGGCUGCCAGCACACGCCGCCAUGACGGGUGGAUGGGCUGUUGCUGGCUCUGGUGGAGCCUCCGACACGCGGCCCCAGCCAGGCGUGAGCGCAAGGCGGCUCGGUACCUAGCUGCUGCAUCCAGGCAGCAGCGGUUUGACCACGACCUGGACGAAGACGUCAAGAGGGCCGUGGCUGCGGUGGCGGUGACGGGCCGCGAAGUCGAGGGCCUGGUGCUGCCGCCGCGGCCCCCGAUACGGGACGCCGGGGAGGCGGUGGGCCAAGAGCUGGAUAAGGCGGCAGCAGCGCUCAGGCUCGUCCACAACGUUUUUGUCGGGGACGCGGCAGCGAUGCAGAACCUGCUGCCGGCGCUGAUGCCGCGUGCGCUGUCGUCGUCGUACCUGCCGCCAAUGCUCUUCGUGAAUCCGCUGUGGCACAUGACCGUCACGCCGAUGAAGGCGGUUGAUUACCGCCAUGUUAGCUACAACACAGUCGCGGUUACGGAGCUGAGCCCCCGCGCUGGCCUGACGCUAGGCGGCUUCAUGGAGCGUGCGGCAGAGCACUUCGUGGACGCAGCCGCACGCAAGGGCGGCCCAGCACACUGGCAGGGCGCCCCGGGUCUGCCGCCCGGCAUGACGUACUGGGGCACCCGGGCGGCCGUGUCGGUGCUGGUGGCCGGCCAGGUCGUGUGGGACAGCGGCAUCCUGAGCGGAGGCCUGAAGGACAUGAAGUCGGAGGACGUGCAGCUCACCCCGGUCAUCCGCGGCGGCAAGGUGGUGGGGCUGGUGGUGCAGCUGGAGGACCGCAGCAUCAGCCGCCUCGUCAACGAGUGUGCGAACCUCAACAGGGGUAUGAUGAGGACCAGGACCCCCCUCACCGGUCCCCAGCCGGUGCUGAGCCUCAUCAACACCAGCCACCUGGGCAACACUGCGGAGUCGGCGCCGCAGAUGGCCGGCAUGGCUCUCGGCGAGCUGCUGCUCUCCACCGUGCUCAACCCCGCGGUGGUGCGCAACCACCCGGCGUCCAUCGGCCCCGCCUGGACGGAGUACACCUCCCUUUACGCGCGCGCCAAGGCUCUGCGGCUGCCGCUGCUCAAGGGCGAUGACCUCACCCUGAACGAGGCGCCGCUGGCUGUGCUGGGCGUGGAGCUGGCGGGCAGCGUGGAGCUGCUAGAGCUGCUGGGGCUGGGCGACCCGGAGGCCGCGGACGAGCCGGGCUGCAAGUUCGUGGUGAUGCUGCUCAAUGUGCUGUGCUGGCCGCUCGGCCUGGUGACCUUCCCGUGGCUCUCACGUGGCGGGGCGGCGGCGGCUGCGCAUACCACCUCGGCGGCCGCUCUGGAGGCGGCCGCGGCCGCGCCAACGGAGGUGCUGGAGGCGGCAGCUGGGGCAGCGCAGGUGGAGGCGCGGGAGAAGCUGCAAACGGUACAGCAGCAACAGCAGCAACAGCAGCAGCAGCAGCAGCACGAGCCCGAUUCGUGGAUCGACGAGAUGUCCAUCUGCAACCUGCUGGAGGAGGUGUGCUUGAGGCUGAUGAACGCCCGCUGCAUCGCGGGGCUGUUCAGCGUCCGGCAGCCGCUCCUGGGCCGCAGCCGCCACGAGCAGGGCAGUCUGGCGGCCGUGGUCGUAGGCCUGGUGGACAAGCUGGCAGACAGCGUGAAGCUGGCGUACCGCGAGGGGUACCUACGGUGCAGGUACGUCAGGCGGGUGGACGUGGCGGCGGCGGUGGCGGCGGCGCGCUUCGGCAAAGCCGCCGCCGCCGCCACUACCGCCGCUGCUGAGCCCACUGGCGCCACCUUGGUGGCCCAGCUGCUGCUGCAGCUCUUCAUGCUGGUGCUGGAGGUGUGGCUGGAGGCCGUGGAGAAGCAGACCGGGCUGGUGGCCAGCCUGCGGGCGCUGCUCAUCGUAAAGCAGGAACAGCUUGGAUCCUGGGCGGCGGCCCGGCAGGUGGUGGACGCGCGGGUGCGGGAGGUGCAGGCGCGCGCCGUGGGCACUGCGAAGUCGCUGGUACUGCUGCUGCUCGACCUCCAGCACCGGCUGAACAAGGGCGAGGUGGUGCCGCUGCUGCCGCGCAUCAUCGGCGGCAUGGACGUCGCGAGGGCGCAGCAGGCAGCCAGCGUGGCGGUCGCUGCCCAAGCAGCGGCGGUGGCUGACGCGGCGGCACCUGCCCCGCAGCAGCAGUGCGGGCGGGCGCAGAUCAGCGAGAUGCUGAGGCAGCUCGUGUCGCCCCGCCCCGGCGCAGACCGGGAGCCUGCGACAGCCGCAGCUGCAGCAGGUGCGGCAGCGGAUGCUGAUGGCGGCAACGGCAUAGCAGGCGCGGUGGUGGCCACUACACAGCGCAGCCGCAAGCGGCAGCGCGCUCCUCCGGCCGGUGCCAGCUCGCACGGCGGCCUUGGUGGCGGCGGCAGUGAUGCCGGCGGCAGUGGUGGCGGUGCCGGGGGCCUGCCGCUGCUCGCGUCACUCGGUGUCCAGGCCGGUGCGUGGGACGUGCGUGCACGCAUGCCCAGUCCCGACAUGUACCCGCGGCUCGUCGGCAAGCGGCUGCUCACACAGCCGCAGGCGAGCAGUUUGGACGCAUUGUGGGGCUUGUUGAGCGGACCGGUCGCCAGCGGCGCCACUGCCAGCAGCGCUGCGGCCCUGCCGGUGUCAGUGUCGGUGAAGGAGGAGACUGCCCGCCUGCAGCACGGCCUGAUGCGAGGCGCCUCUGACCCAGUCCUGGCACGGCGGCUGUGCGGGCUGCUUCAGGCGGCUGUAGAGCCGGACCUGUGGUGGCAGCUCGACUACAAGCAGCAGCGUCAGCUCAUGGUGUUCAUGCGGAGCAACCUGCCCCUCGCCGUCGCCGCCUGCAACGCUUGGGCAGAGGAGGGUCAGCGGCGCACAGCCGAGCUGCAGCAGGAGCUGGUGGGCACAGGACCGGCGCAGCAGCAGCCGCAGGUGCCGGCGGGCUGUGAACUUCCGGCGAGUGUCGUGAUGCCGGGCUACAGCGAGCCGCCUACCGCGGCGGCAGAGGCAGGGUCGGCGGCCGCGCCCGGUGCCUCCGAGCUGCAGAUGGGUCGCUUCAUGCAGGAGCUGCAGCGGCAGCUCGCGGCACCCCACAUCCCUGGUGUGUCCGAGUUGCCCGCGGCAGGCUCUGGCGACGCCAGCAGCAGCAGCGGCGUCGGAGCCGCAGGCACCUGCGACAGCGCCGGCGCCGCGGCCAGCGCCUCAACGCUUGAGGAGGUCCUCCAGGACUGCCAACAGGUGCUGAUGCCGGAUGCACUCCGGCAAGCGGCUUUGGGGCGCCUGCGGUCCGCUGCCCAUGCAGCGCAGCAGUGGUUGCCACCGCCGCUGUCCAAACAGGACGAGGAGGCACUCCUGGACCUCCUGCUGCCACCGGAAUCACAACCGCAGCCGCCACCGCAGGAGCAGGCGCAACUGCAGCCCCAACCGCACUUCCCACCGCAGCCGGAGGAGCAAGAGGAGGAGGGCGGGGAGCAACAACGGCCACGCCGGCGGCGACUUAAUGAGGUGCCGUAGAUGCCGCACCAGCGGCGGCAGCUGGGGGGAAGCAGAGCUGGUGGGGAUGCCGGGCAUCAUGGCACGGCGAGGACGGCGGCGUUAUGUCUCACGGGUUUCCUGCCACUGCUUCCGUGACCGCAGCAUUAGUGGCCGCAGAGGAGCGUCGCCUGCAGCGGCUGAACUAGCAACAAGCCCAACGGGCUAGCAGCUAGCUAUAUAUAGGUUUAAGCACGGUGUGCAAACAUGCAUUUAGGAGAGGUGCACACUCACACGAGCGGCAGGCAGCGGGCAGACAACGUGUUCGUCGCACUACAGUGUGCUACUCAUCAGUAGGCAGUGGGUAGGUGGUUUAGGGGAGCAGGGGUGCGAGCGGGGUGCCAAGGCACGGGCACCUUGCCACUGCUUCCUUGACCUCGGAUCGGUGGCGGCAGCAACGUGCCGCCACGGAUGCAAAUAGCAAGUAGUGCAUCGGGUGCGCUUGCUAGCUGUGUUUGCAGUCAAUCCAAUUCGUUUUGCCGUGCAGACGCGAAUGCGUGGGAUGCAGCGGGCAGACUCGUGCCCCCAUCCGUUUCUACGAGCGGCAGAGGCUAGCUGACUCUAGCUCAUCAGUUGUUAUCUUUGCAGCUGCCCGCUGGACGAGCUGUACGGCCGGCGUUGAGUGUGUCGUGGUAAACGAAGGCACGCAAGGCAAGGCCAGCUUUGUGCGGCGGGUGCGGACUACGAAGCACUACGGUGCUGCUGUGAUGAAUUUGGACGUGUAGUUCUGUGAAAGAUCUCUUUAGACACACCCUGGACCAGAUUCGUAGUGCGUCGGGUUGUUCAAGAGCCAUCAUUUUGUCUGCAGGAGCAGGAGCAAAGCUGCAAUGGGCUGUUUGUUUUUGUUGCUGCUGGCAGGUGCGGGAGUCACCCUACUGUAAAACCGUAUGCACCGGUAUGCUGUCGAGGCAGGCUGCUCCCUUGCUGGUUGCGGUGCCCUUGCCGAAGGCGCGAGACCGAGGCUGGCGAGGGUUCUGUGCAGGGCACGAGAAAAUCACA